AUUUAUGAAGAAACUAAUACCGACCAUGAUGACCAAAGCCUUAGUGACUUGACUUUGAAGGACUUGCGAGCAAGCUGCAAAGCUAAGAAGAAGAAGGUCCUGAAAUCUGUUGCUUCUGCAGAAGUUGGUCUUAGGAACUACUCACAUGUUGAUCCAUCUCAAAAGUGGAAGCAUGAACAUGAGAAACCAAAAGAAGAGAAGCCUGACCUUGAGGAACCCCUUGUUACUUUGAAACUUUCAAAAAAGUCCACUGCAGAUAGAAACCAAAGGAAGCAUGCAGGAUUAUCCCCAGUCUCUUUGGGUUCUAUUGAAGCGGUGACUGCAAAGACAUGUUCCCUAUCUUCUAAUGACAUGCAUGGUUCAAUGCCUGUGGCACAAAUGAAGGCAUCAAUAGCAGAUAGGCCUUCAGAGGACAGUGCUGCAGAUCUACAUGACUUAAAAAGUGAGGCAGAGACUGUUGAAGAGGACUUUGGAGGUAGCGCGAAGGAAAACUUUAUUGAAGUAGACCAUUCUCUCCUGUCAUCAACAACUUAUGCUGGCAGUUCAGAAUUGGUUUGUCAUUUCAAAACUGAGAUCAUGGAACCUUGUUCUUUGGAUGGGGAAAACACAGUAAAUAUAGCUACUAAUUCUACUUUGGACAUUAUUAGUUCUGGUAAUUCUCUUGACAAUUCAUCUGCUGAGCUGCUUCAGAAAGUUAGUGAAGGAUUAAAUAAUUGUUUCCCAUCAUCAUCACCUGAUUAA